CCUCUGUCGUUGCUCGUUAGGCUUGUUUGCUUCAGGUGCCUUCCCAUCGGGGAUAGAAGUGUGCAGCCAAUAAUUGACGGAUUCCUUGACCAAACGUCCAAAACUCCGACAUUACUCGAAGUCUACCAAGAAUUCAACGGUAAUCUUCAGUGUCUGCGGUAUGUGGCAGCUCAAGAACCUCCGACCAUGGACCCAAUUCUCCGUCGCUGGGUCUUCAACAACCUUGCUGGCCACGUAGCAGCACGCGACGACUUCCAGACGCUGCAAUGGCUGAUUGAGAGUUACAUGCCGACUGAAUUUAUCUCAACCGUGGUGCAAGAGGCUGUUUCGGCUGGUCAUUUACGCAUUUUAAAGUGGCUCUGGGAGAACCACCGCCACAGAUGCGGUUGGGGAUGGAUCGAGUUGAGCGCAGCCAUGGAACGACAACACUAUGGGAUAGCAGAGUGGCUUCGGUAUCGCAUUGAUUUUCGAUCGCAGGGUGCACAGUUGAUACUUGACGAGGCUGCGAGAUUUGGUGAUCUCGAGACUGUCAAGUGGUUGUGCGAGACGUCCGACCUGAAGGUGGUGGAAGCUUUCAGAUUGGCCGUGAUGCGUAGUCAUUGGAACUUGGUGUCGUGGAUUUUCAACAGCUAUAAAGACAAGAUUUCUGGCCAAGACUGUGGCAGACUUGGAUUUUACCUCGCCAAGGCAGGAAAGCUGGGCAUCUUAAAGCAACUGCUUGUGAAUAGACGCGGGGCUGACCUAAUGGAGAUUUUCAACGUGGCUGCCGAGUGCGGCCGCUUACGCGUUGUCAAAUGGCUCGUCAAAAAGAAAAAUGUCCGGGAUAUUUGUACCGGAUUCCAUCGAGCUGCCAAUAAUGGGCACGUGAACGUGACGGUCCAGUGGCUUCACGAGAAUACUAACGCUCGGUGCACAGUCAACGCCAUGGACGCAGCGGCCGGUUAUGGUCAUCUCGAUGUAGUGAAGUGGCUCCACUUUAAUCGCACGGAAGGGUGUACGGCUUUGGCAAUGGAUUGGGCAGCUUAUAACGGCCACCUCGACGUGGUCCAGUGGCUACAUGAGAACCGCAAGGAAGUGUGCACUACUGCAGCGAUGGAUCGAGCGGCAGGAUGUGGACACCUGGACGUGGUCAAGUGGUUGCACUCGAACCGAGACGAAGGCUGCACUACGCGUGCAAUGGAUUCGGCAGCGUCCAAUGGGCACCUGAAUGUGGUCCGGUGGUUGCAUUUGAACCGCAGCGAAGGGUGCACUAAACGAGCGAUGGAUGGAGCAGGGACUGCUGCAAAUGGUCACUUGGAUGCGGUGCAGUGGUUGCACGAAAACCGCAACGAAGGGUGCACUACUGCAGCUAUGGAUUGGGCUGCUUGUAGCGGUCAUCUUGAUGUAGUGCAGUGGCUGCACGGGCACCGAAGCGAAGGGUGCACCACGAAUGCAAUGGAUGGAGCAGCUACAAAUGGACAUUUGGAAGUCGUCAAGUGGCUACAUGCCAAUCGAAAGGAAGGCUGUACGACGAAUGCAAUGGAUGGAGUAGCUCGAUGGGGGUCUCACCCUAAAGUGGUAAAGUGGCUGAUUCAGAAUCGUACCGAGGGA